AGUAACUCUUAAUGUAAAUAUAUCUAUUGUCAGGUGACACGCCUAGCCAUGUUUUGACAACGAAAUUGGCUGAUUAGAACAAACAUGGAUCCUCACUCUAGUGCUCAGGAUGUUCAUCGUUGUGACCUUUGUGAGACCGCCAUAGCACAGAGUUACUGUGACUUUUGUCAUGUCAACCUGUGCAAGCCAUGCAUAGGAGAACAUAUCUCAGACGAAUAUGAAACACAUAAAAUAGUCCGAUUCCAGGAUCGAAGAUCAACCUUGAUAUAUCCAAAAUGCAUGACGCAUACAACAAAAAAUUGUGAACACCAGUGCAAAAAUUGUGAUAACAUUUUUGUUUGUUCUUCUUGUAUUGCAUCUGAACAACACAGAGGGCAUAUAUUUGUAGAAGUUUUAGAGGUUUACAAGACAAAGAAAGAAGUGAUUGAAAAUGAUACAGAGAAGUUACAUAAUCUUAUUACUCCUAAAUACGAAGAAAUUGCAUUCGACUUGGAAAAGCAACUUGCCAACCUGGAAGGAGGAUAUGAGAAACUUACAACAGAAAUUUCUAAACAAGGAGAGAAAUGGCACAGAGAAAUUGACAUCGUCAUCAACAAACUGAAAACCAAAAUUGGUGAGAUAAAAGAGAAACACCGAGCUAUUUUACAGAUACAUUUGGAAGAAAUAAAACAAAUACAGUCUCAUAUAAAUGAAACAUUACUGUCUAUGAGUGAAAUCAAGGAAUCUAGAGAAGUAACUCCGACCAUUGAAUACAGCUCCAAAAUCAGAGAAUUCAGCAAGUCGCCAUCCAAUAUCAAGGUAACACUGCCAACAUUUAUUCCAAAUUUGAUAGACCAUGAGCAGCUGGAACGUUUUUUUGGACAGAUCACCCCAUUAUAUUCAGCUACCGAAGAAAGUCUCUCGUCAAUUCACCAACCCAACACUUCAGUCAAAGAACUACUGGAUGAACCGGAGCUUCUCGCCAUAAUACGUACUGGACAUGCAUCUCUACUUAAUGUAACAUGUUUAAAUGAAGACAAAAUCUGGACGAGUGGUUUGACCAAAGAAAUCAAAUGUUUCAACAUUAAUGGUUCGCUGCAUCAAACAAACACCACAAGAUCAGGGAACCGGCCGAGAGGUCUAGCAGUAGACAGUGAUGGGAACCUUAUAUACACUGAUGAUGAAUCAAAUACAGUGAAUUUACUAAAGAUGGGACAGACAGAAGAGUUGAUCAGAUUACAGGGAUGGGUGCCUAAUAAGCUGUGUGUCACCUCUACAGGUGAUUUACUGGUCACCAUGCACAAUGACCUUAAAAUUCCAUCCAAAGUUGUCCACUACUCGGGGUAUACAGAGAAACAAACAAUUCAAUUUGAUGAUGAAUUUAAACCUUUAUACUCGAGGAAUAAUGAUAUUAAAUACAUCACAGAGAACAGAAACCAUGACAUCUGUGUAGCUGACUAUGGGGCCGGUGUAGUAGUGGUGGUUAAUCAGGACGGGAAACUUAGAUGGAGAUACACCGGUCAGCCCUCAGUUACCAAGAACAAAGCAUUUAGACCCUAUGGUAUCACAACAGACAGUCAGAGUCGUAUCCUGACAGCAGACAGUGACAACAAUUGCAUCCACAUUGUGGAUAAGAGUGGACAAUUUCUCCGUUACAUUGAUAACUGUGAUCUUGAAAGUCCUUUUGGUCUAUGUGUGGACAACAAUGACUAUUUGUUUGUGUGUGAAUGCAACAAAGGCAAUGUAAAGAAAAUCGUAUAUUCAAAGUAGGCACAAACGUUUGACAAUGAUGUAACUUAAACAUAACAUUUUCAUGAAUACAUACAAGCAUAUAUUGGAAUCUUCAAUCAGUAUUAUACCAUUUAUAUUUAGUAUUAAAAAUUGUAUUGUUCGUUCAAUAAAAAAAUGAUCUGUUUAAAGUCAUCCAGGUUUGGUUGUUUCAAUUAACUUCUCAAUAUUAAUAAGUUUUUAUUAUAAAGGUUUAUCCCUAAGAUUAGUACUUUAUUAAGGAGUUAGAACUGAUUUAUGUAAUAUAUAUUAUAAUGCAUUUUAAGUAAAUCAAAAAUCAGGUUUGGUUGUUUCAAUUAACUUUUCAAUAUUAAUAAGUUGGUUUUUUUUAUAAAGGUUAAUCCCUAAGAUUAGGCUUUUAUUUGGAACUGGUUUAUGUAAUAUAUAUCAAAAUGCAUUUUAAGUAAAUCAAAUAUCAUGCACAUAUGUAUGUAAAUAAAAAAAGGUACAUUCAGAAAUACACUAAAUCAAUUUAUUUGUUUUUUGAACAUAUUACACGUUAGUUUAUUUCAGAUGAUUAACGUUCAAGCAAUGAAAUGAA